AUGGAAGAAAACUGCAAAUCUGGAUUUGUGUCAGAUUCAAAUGGCAAUGAAAUUAAAGAUUGUGAGAACAGUUCUCUCUUAAUAAAGCGAAGUAGAAUGUUCAGACUUGCUUCAGAUGUAAUUGAGCAUGCUUUAAUGUCCGAAGAAGGUUGUGAGCUAUUGUCGAAUAAUCUAAACGAUAGGGGGGUGACAUUGAAGUUAUUGAAUGAUGGAGUUGGCCCUAGUGAAGUUGGAGGGUCCAGCUCCCAAACACGAUAUUUGAAGGACCCUAAGAGAGUAACGUACAAAGGAAGCUCGAAACGAGUCAAGGGAGCAAAGGAAAAGAGAAUGGAACGAGGGAUCCAACUUUGUCAACAAUGUGGACAAACUAGUCAUGAGAUAAGACGAUGUCCAAGAAUGGCGAACACACCGACAUCCCUGUCAAACAAUGGAGAAUCAACUCCGAUCACGGACCUACCAAGUGAUUUAUGUUUUUACUAUACGAAGCUCAUUUGCCGUCAAUAUUGGUGA